AUGGAACAUUAUUCGGCCAGAAGGGGCGAGGCGCCUCUUCCCAGCCUGUCUGCAAAGCCGGCCUCAGAGCGGUCUGUGCAGGCUGUGCCCUCAGCCCCGGCCGCAGCCAUGGCUGUGCAGGUGUCCCUGUGGCACCACUACCUGCAGGCCAUCCGCUCGCGGGGGGCACCCCGGGCACGGGACUUGCAGUGCGCCGAGGACGUGCUGCUCUUGGUGCUGGAACAGGUGCAUGACCUGGACCCCCGCCUCCUCGUGGACUACUCCUGGGACCUGGAGGCCUUCCAGUUUGCCCUGCGCCUCAUGGAGGUGGCCCAGUGGGUGGACGCAGAGGCCCUCGCGACUGAGGAGGUGAGGGCGCAGAGACAGGGCCGGCCUGGAUGCUGCCGCCUGGGCGUCCCCGGGGAAGGGCCGGGCCUGGAGCGGUGGAUGACAGACAACGUCUUCAACACCCCGGAGGGCAGCGCCAAGUGCCGUGGCCACAUCGUGCCCAACAAGGUCCUUCAGGUCCCCAAGGACCUUCCGGUGGUGGCCGUCGUGCACCGCACGGCCUCAUCACGCCGGCUCUCCACUGACUGCCUGCUCACCAGGCUGCUGGCCGCGCUGGGCUCCCUCCAGGGCCAUCACCUGGGCGGCCUCUCCAUCCUGGACCGGGUCAACCACGAGAGCUGGCAAGAAGGCGGCAAGGGCCCGGGCCUGACCCUCCGCCACCUGAAGGUACGCGUGUUCUGGGCCCAGGUGCUCUUCCCGGCGCCCGAGGGGGCGGAGCCGCAGGGCGCCGUAUACCGCCAGCCUGUGGUGCUGCUCUGCUGUCUGGCCACCAGCAACCCGGCCCGCUCCGUCUACCCCGAGCGGAACCUGCUGCAGGACUCCGGCCUGGACCUCAGUGGCCUCUCCCAGCGCGCGGAGCGCUUCGCCAGCCAGCCCGAGGCCUCCCUGCGCAUCCGUGUCACCCACCUGGGCCGCAGCCCCCCACCGCGAGCCGGCAGCGGGCCCAAGGCGCCCCUGCAGCUGCCCACCAGUGACCUUGCCUACCGGGUCACUGCCGACUCCGACGUCCUGCUGGACGAGUUCCAGGUCUUCAACAUCCAGGAUGAGGACCGGAUGUCGGCCAUGCAGAGCAUCUUCCUGAAGACCGAGACCCAGGUUCAUGAAGGAAACAUCCGCAGCCACACCACCAGCCGCUACUGA